UAUUUAUUUUGCUACCUACAAUACUACUAAUAAAUGUAUAAAAAUCAGAGACGCAGCGAGCGUAGCAAAAAUAUCAAAAGUGGCCACGACCAUGAACACACCCGUUCUUGCAACAUCGAGUGUAAAAACGACCUACCUUAUCUUGUUAGAUUAUUGUGUACCAAAACGUAGUGAGAUAGGAACGUAUUAGAAAGUGAAAUAAAGAAAAAAUCGUGUAUAAACAUAAAUAAACAUGCCGAGCGUGCAAGUUCUCCCGCCAAAACUUCAAAAACCCAUAGAAAACAUCAUACAAAAAGAAAACUUUACAACUUAUUCCAUAGACAUGAGGGAAAUCGAAGCAGAUGGCAGUUACCUCGGCGUACUUCGAGAAAUAAACAUAAAGGGAGAAACCCCUGAUGGCACUAGUAAAGAGCUCAAUUUGUUUACGAAAACAAUGAUCCAAGAUGGCGAUGUAAACAUAUACUCAAUGCCUCGAGCCUAUGCAAACGAAACGUACAUGUAUACUGAGUUCCGUGACAUUGCUUAUGAGGUACAAGAUGAAUAUUCUCUACCUCAAGAAGAAAGAUUUAAAAUUGCCAAAAGCUACAACAGUACCGAUGACCAAAUAAUAAUUAUGGAGAAUUUGGCAUUACAGGGUUUUGCCAUGUAUCCGAGAAUGGAAGUGCUACCGCUGAAGUUUGCAGAGAUGGCAAUACAACAGCUCGCAAAGUACCAUAGCUUUGCUUUUAUAUUAAAGGAGAAGCGCCCUAAGUUCUUUCAAGAGAGAGUGAAGAAGAUGAAGCAGCCUUUCUUCUAUGGCCAGAAAGAUUUUAAUGAUUUUACGAAGAAUUUUAGCCGCAUCAGUAUAAAUUGUCUGCAGCCAGAGUUGAAGGACAAGUUAGAGAAGUUUUUGGCAAGUUCUUAUGAUAAAUAUGCGAAGUAUACACAGGAUCCAGCGGAUACAUGGACUUUGGUGCAUGGCGACUACCGACAUAGCAACGUUAUGGCGAAAUUUGACGUAAGUGGUCUUUUCCAGCAAAGAUAA